AUGGGCGCGCCAGAGUCUGGGCCUCCAGUACCCGUGGCCGUGGACGUGUAUGCAUCUGAUCGCGACGACGGACUCGAUUCGGAUGACGAUGCACCUCAGACCGGUGCUCCUACAACUCUGGGCGAAAAGCGGCGUGUCCAGAAGGCCAUUCUCGAAGUCUGGCUGACCAGCGAUGCCGGUCGCGAGGCUCUCAAACCGAAGAACAAGCGUGGCCACUCCAAGGAAGAAGCAGACGAGCAGCAUUCCGUGCAAUCGCUCCUAGCCCAACAACAGAGAGAAUCCAAGAUCGUCAGCAACCCGCGCGAGUAUCAAAACGAGCUGUUCGAGCGGGCCAGGAAGCAGAACACCAUCGCUGUCCUCGACACUGGUUCGGGAAAGACACUCAUUGCCGUUCUGCUCUUACGUGCCGUCGUCGACGAGGAGCUUGAGAGACGAGAGAGGGGAGAGCCGGCUAAGGUCUCUUUUUUCCUGGUUGACUCCGUUACUCUGGUCUAUCAACAAUUCUCUGUGCUGGAGAACAACCUCGAUCACAACAUUGCCCGUCUAUGUGGCGCGGAUGGUGUUGACCGCUGGAGCGCAGCCAACUGGCUGAAGACUUUCCAUGAGAACAAGAUCAUCGUUUGCACGGCCGAGGUUUUGAACCAAUGUCUAUCCCGGAGCUUCCUAUCCAUGAAGCAGAUCAACCUGCUCAUCCUUGACGAGGCUCAUCAUGCCAAGAAGAAUCAUCCUUACGCCAGGUCUUUGCCUCUCUGUCCCACCUUUCUUGUUCACGCUGACAACUCUCAGGAUCAUCAAGGACUUCUACCUCACGGAGGCCAAAGCUGACCGACCACGCAUCUUUGGCAUGACAGCAAGCCCGAUCGAUGCGAAGACCGAUGUUGUGCAGGCUGCAUCGGAGCUGGAAUCCUUGCUGGACUCUCGGAUUGCCACCACGAAUCAUAUGAGCCUGACAGACAACAUCAAGCGACCGACUGAAAGUGUCUUGCGAUAUCCUGCACUGCCACAGAAAGGCUUUGAAACGAAUCUUCUGCAAGCCGUCAAGGCUCGCUACAGCCACAUACAUGCCUUCGAAGGCGUCUUUCAGCGUGCUACUGAAGUAGCUCGUCACCUGGGUCGCUGGUGUGCCGACUGUUCUCUGAUGCGAUCUUUGUCUCCCGAAAAGUCUAUGAAUUACGAAAUGGCCAUCGAAAAGAAGUUCUACGCUCGUCGAGUAAAUGAGGAUGUCCAAGAGCUGGAUAGUGCCCUCAAAGAGCUUCGCGAGGCGAUCGAAUACGUUCAACAAGAGGGCAUAUCCGCUCUUGCGAACAUUGACGUCGAGACAGAUCUUUCUCCUAAGGCGCUGCAGUUGCGGAACUACCUGAGAAUGCAGUUCGAACGCCAGUCGAAGCACAGAGCCAUCGUGUUUGUGGACAAGAGACACACAGCACGCCUUCUGGCUUGCCUUUUCCAGAGGAUUGGCACCAAAUACAUGCGAGGCGACUUUCUCGUUGGUGGCAGCACCGGAUGUGUGGACGAGGUCAAAUUCUCCUUUAGACAGCAGGUCCUCACACUUCUGAAGUUCCGCAAAGGCGAGCUCAACUGCUUGUUUGCAACUUCGGUUGCCGAAGAAGGCUUGGACGUUCCGGACUGCAAUCUGGUAAUUCGUUUUGACAUCUACAACACCCUGAUCCAGUACGUUCAAUCGCGUGGCAGAGCUCGCAAUCAGAAUUCCAACUUCAUUCACAUGAUCGAGAACGGCAAUAGCGUACAUGAGCAAAGACUGAAUGAGGUACGCUACCAAGAGGCUUCGAUGAGGAAGUUUUGUAACAUGCUCCCUGAAGAUCGCAAUCUUCAAGGAUUGAACGAUAGCGUUGAGCUCUUGAUGGAAAAGGAGAAGAAUCUCCGCGUCUAUAUCGAGCCUGCUACGGGAGCGAAGCUGAAUUACGGAAACGCUCUUAGUAUACUGGCACAUUUCGUCUCGGCCGUACCCGCAGACAGUGAUGAGCCGCAGCAUCCUACCUACAUCAUAUCCAGCCAAGGGCAGAAGUUCAUUGCAGAAGUCAUCCUACCCGGCAAUGCUCCUGUGCGCUCUAUCAUCGGCCGAGCCCACUCCAAGAAGAUGCUUGCUAAGCGUUCUGCAGCCUUCGAUGCUUGUAUUGAACUUCGGAAGAAGAACUACAUCAACGGACACUUCCUUCCAGUGUAUCAGAAGAGUCUGCCAGCCAUGCGCAAUGCCCUUCUCGCGGUCAAUUCGAAGAAGACUGAAGGAUAUGCCGUGCGCAUCAAACCGAGUGUGUGGGCCGAAGGUAGAGGGAUCCUGCCAGGGGAGGUGUUUGUCACUGUGGUGGACUUUCCGCAGGGUCUGGAGCGAAAGCAUCAACCGUUUGCACUCCUGACGAGAACGCCGAUGCCUCAAUUUCCGCCUUUCCCGGUCUUUCUGAAUGAUGGGCGCGGGACACCGGUCGUGUCGGCGAGCUUGCAGACUCCUCUUCAGCUCCCGGCAAAUCGUCUCGAGAAGUUCACCAAGUUCACCCUGCGGAUCUUCGAUGAUGUCUUCAGCAAGGGCUACGAAGAGGAUGCUUCGAAAAUGUCCUACUGGCUAGCACCAGCGUCGCUGCCAUUUUCUCUCGGCGUCGAGGUGCACAACGAAUUGCUUCGACGAGAAGCGCCUGAGUCUGUUAUAGACUGGAACCAAGUAGACGAGGUUUACCAACAUGGCGAAUACAAAUGGACGCCAGAGAUGCCGCACCAUUUUAUGGAAGAUCGCUUUAUCGUAGACCCGUACGACGGCAGUCGCAAGUUCUUUUCGAAGGGCGUUGAUCCGACACGCAAAGCCACCGACCCCAUUCCAGAUGCUGUAGCGAAAUCCAAACACAGCGGUACCAUCUUGGAUUACAGCAAUAGCCUAUGGAAGAAGGCUCGAGAGGCAAGAGAGUCCUUCUGGCUACGUGAUCAGCCUGUUAUGGAGGCUGAGAAAGUCUUAAGUCGCCGCAACAUGCUUGCCCCUGCUGAGCAGAAGGAAGUCCAGCAGAUCACGAGGGCAUAUCUCUGUCCUCAACCGUUGCGACUCUCUCCGUUGUCGACAGGUAUUGCGACUGCUUGCUUUGUAUGGCCAGCGAUCAUCCAUCGGUUCGAGUCAUACCUCAUUAGUAUUGAGGGAUGCAAAUCGAUCGAUGUCGACUGCGAUCCCGCCUGGGCCUUGGCCUCAUUCACCAAAGAUUCGGACAAUCAAGGGGAAUGCGAGCAAGAAGAGCGGCUCAACUUUCAACGUGGUAUGGGCGAGAACUACGAGCGACUGGAGUUCAUUGGCGACACCUUCCUGAAGACUGCUACGACCAUCUCGACAUUCAUCAUGAACCCCAACGAGGACGAGUUUGAAUUUCACGUGCGCCGCAUGCAGAUGCUUUGCAACAAGAACUUGUUCGAGACGGCUCUGCAACUCAAGCUCUACGAGUACAUUCGCAGCCAGUCCUUCAAUCGUCGAACAUGGUAUCCCGAAGGUAUGAAGCUUCUUUCAGGUACCGGUGUCGUUAGAGGUCAAGAGAAGGAGAUGUAUCACGAAGCCAAAGACCAUCGCCUUGGAGAGAAGACAAUUGCAGAUGUCUGUGAAGCUUUGAUCGGAGCGGCUUUCCUAACUCACGACAAGCCUGGGAAGUGGCAACCAGAUGACUGGGAGGCAGCGGUACGUGCGACUACCACGCUUGUCAAUAGUCCGGACCACAAGAUGCAGAGGUGGGAAGACUACAGAGCCGCAUACCAGAAGCCCAAAUACCAAACCGCCGACGUGACAGCGGCGCAGAAAGACCUCGCCGCAAAGCUCGAAGCAGAACACGCCUACCACUUCAUCUACCCUCGUCUGGCCUGUUCCGCUUUCCUGCACCCUUCGGUCCCUUUCAUGCAAGAGCGCGUCCCCAACUACCAGCGCCUGGAAUUCCUCGGCGACGCACUCCUGGACAUGGCAAGCAUCACCUACCUCUUCUACAAAUACCCCGACAAAGACCCCCAAUGGCUCACGGAACACAAAAUGGCCAUGGUGUCCAACAAAUUCCUCGGAGCUCUGUGCGUCAAUCUGGGGUUCCACAAACAUCUCCGCCAUCAUCAUUCUCUCCUCCAACAUCAGAUCCAGGACUACGCGACCGAGUUGCUCGAAGCUAAGCGCGUCGCGCACGGCGCGAGGGAUUACUGGACCACCGUCUCCGACCCUCCCAAAUGCCUCCCGGACAUUGUCGAGGCGUACAUCGGGGCCAUGUUCAUCGAUUCCGACUUCAACUACCGCGACGUGCAGACCUUCUUCGACGCACACGUCCUCUGGUAUUUCGAAGACAUGACCAUCUACGACUCCUUCGCCAACAACCACCCGUGCACGCACCUCCACAACCUCAUGCAGAGUACCCUGGGGUGCAUGGAUUACAGAUUGAUGUGUCGGGAAUUACCCUCGGUUCCGGGGAGCGAGGAAGAUCGCAAGGGCGUCGUGGCCGUCGUCAUGAUUCACGAUCGCGUCGUGGCGCAUAGCGGGGGCAAGAGUGGACGGUAUGCGCGGUUGCGGGUUGCGAACCAGGCGCUGGAGAUGUUGGAUGGGUUGGCGGCUUUUAAGUUCCGGGCGAGGUUUGGGUGUGAUUGUCGGGUUGAUGGGGAGGAGGAGGAGGAGGAGGAGGAGGAGGAGGAGGAGGAGGAGGAGGAGGAGGAGGGGGGAAGAGGGGAGGGUGGGAUGGGGGUGGUUGAUUGUGCUGUUUGA